UGGUGAAGCACCAAAAACGACGACGUUUACAUCCUUUCUCUAGUUCUCCCACAUCAAGAGAAUCGGUUUUGGCUUUCAUCAGCCGCUUCGUGUUUUCCUUCUUCUUCAAUAACGGAAAAAAUGGUUUCCGACUUGGACAUCGUGACCCGUCUCCGUGAGAUUCUCGGUAGCUCCGACCUUGACACGGCGACUCCGGCUACCGUCCGUCGUCAGCUGGAGGCGGAUUUCGGUGUCGACUUUACUGAUAAGAAGGCUUUCAUUAGGGAUCAAAUCGAUGCUUUUCUCGAGAGCAAUGGCUCUGUAGAAGAAGAGAGCCUUAAGGCAGAAGAAGAAGAAGAAGAAGACAUUAAUGCCGCCGACGAAAUCAAGGCGGUAAUUGAAGACGGAAAUGGAAGUGAAAGUGAGGAAGAGAAGGAGGAACGGCCAGUAAAGGCCAAGAAACGAGGAGGUGGCUUUACUAAAGUAUGCCAGCUCUCUCCACAACUUGAGAAGCUUGUUGGAACAUCUCAGUUAGCUCGAACCGAGGUUGUGAAGAAAAUAUGGGCCUAUAUCAAAGGGAAGGGUUUGCAAGACCCAAAGGACAGGAGGAAGAUAGUGUGUGAUGAGUUGCUUCAUUCCUUGUUCCGUGUCAAGACCAUUAAUAUGUUUCAAAUGAACAAGGCAUUAACGAAGCAUAUUUGGCCCUUAGGCGAUGGAGAUGGGUGUGCUAACAAUGUCAAAGAAGAAGAUGAAGAUGAAGAUGACGAUGAGGCAUCAGAGGGAACUGACAAGAAAGGGGAGCAAAACGAAGAAGUGGAAGAGAACAAGGAAGAAGAAAAUGAAGAUGAGGAAGUUAGGAGUUUGCGGAAACGCAAGAGAAAAAAGCCAGCCAAGUCAGUAGAGAAGCCCAAGAGAAAAGGAGGAGGUGGCUUCGCUAAAGUUUGCAGCCUCUCGCCGGAGCUUCAGGCGUUUACUGGGGUGACAGAAUUAGCCAGGACAGAGGUGGUGAAAAUGCUUUGGAAGUAUAUAAAAGAGAACAAUUUGCAAGAUCCGAAUGAUGGACGCACAAUAAUAUGUGACGAGUCAUUGCUAUCUCUGUUCCCUGUCGAGUCUAUCAAUAUGUUUCAAAUGAAUAAACUACUAACAAAGCACAUAUGGCCUUUAGAUAAUAAUGCAGAAUCAGUUAGCCCUAACUCUCCAAAGAACGGAAAGCAAAAAAUGGAAUCAGAUGGAGACACAGAUAGUGAGGAACCGAACGAGAAAGAUAAAAAACUGAAGACAGAAGACCUUCCUUCCCUUCCACUUUCAGAUGCUCUUGUCAAGUUCUUGGGCAAUGGAGAAAGCUCUCUGUCGAGGGCGGAUAGUUGAUUCAUUCGAAGACACAUCGGUCUCAGAACAUCUGACCAACCACUUCAUCAAGGUUGAAGAAUAACUCUUUAGGAAGUGGCAAGUUUUGAUGAUGUUUUCUACGUAGGCAAAACCAGUUCUCCCAAAGGUCGGUUUUGAUUUCCUGGACAAUUUUUUUUGGAUCAGUAGAGGUCAGUUCAGGACUUGGAAACACGACAAAGCCAUUGCAUUGAUUUAGUUCUCCUCCUCCACAGGUAAGUUAAAAGACUAAAAGGUGUAUCUCGAAUGUGAGAGUUGUAAGCAUUGCGUUUUCUGAAUUUGCUUGCAAAUGCAGCCUUUUUGGAGAUGUUUCAAAUGUUAUUCCCUUGUGGUAUAUAGUGACAAAAACUAGAUUCAAGGAUACGAGAUAUGUUUUAAACCCAAACCAAGUGUUUAAAUCACUUCCUAUUUCACAAUGAAAUGUUUGCUUGCC